CUCUUUUCCGCUUCUCACCCCUGUCUAUAACACCUGCGAGACUUGUCUUCUAUCAUUCCAGUAUGAGCGUUGCAGAACCCAUUGGCGCCGAUACGGCUGCUGUCGACCAGAAGAUGGCUGAGCUUAGCGUUAGUUCGCCAGCCGACCAUGCGUCCACAGACGCCAAGCCUGAAGACGACCAUGAGGACGCUGACGGCGAGAAGAAAAAGAAGAAGAAGAAGAAGAAGAGCGGCAACAAGCACAAGAAGAAGGGUCCGGGCGCCGCCGGCCAGACGACCCCGCCCACGAUCCCAGUCUCGAAGCUGUUCCUGAACAAGUAUCCUGAGGGCCACAUCCACGAGUACAUUGAUGACAACUCGUACCGGACAACGAGUGAGGAGAUGCGCGCCAAGGAGCGCCUUUGCGAGCAGCAGGUCAACGACCUGCGUCGGGCUGCGGAGGUCCACCGUGAGGUGCGCAGCUACGCACGGUCGCAGAUCAAGCCCGGCAUGGAUCUGGCUGAUAUUGCCGAGAUGAUCGAGAACGGCACGCGCACCCUGGUUGAGGAGAAGGGCUUUGAGGCCGGCAUCGGUUUCCCGACUGGUCUGUCGAUCAACCACUGCGCUGCGCACUACACGCCCAACACUGGCGACCACGUCAUUAUCCAGAACGAUGACGUUCUGAAGGUCGACUUUGGCGUCCACGUCAACGGCCACAUCAUCGAUUCGGCGUUCACCAUGACGUGGAACGACCGGUAUGACCCGCUGCUGCAGGCCGUGCGUGAGGCGACCAACACUGGUAUUCGCGAGGCCGGCAUCGAUGUGCGUCUGGGUGAUAUUGGCGCCGCUAUCCAGGAGGUCAUGGAGUCGUACGAGAUCACGCUUGACGGCAAGACUCUGCCGAUCAAGUGCGUGCGGAAUCUUUGCGGCCACAACAUCGGCCCGUACACCAUCCACUCGGGCAAGUCGGUGCCCAUUGUUGCAAACGGCGACCAGACCAAGAUGGAGGAGGGUGAGCUGUUUGCAAUCGAGACCUUCGGUACCACCGGUACCGGCCUUGUGCACGAGGAGGGCGCAUGCAGCCACUAUGCCAAGUCGGGCGACGACACAGUCCAGCCGCGCAUUACGUCAGCCAAGAAGCUGCUGGGAUCUAUUAACAAGAACUUUGGCACGCUGCCGUUCUGCCGCCGGUACCUGGAUCGCCUCGGCGAGAGCCACUAUUACAUGGGGCUGAAGCACCUGGUCGACAACGGCAUUGUCACCGCGUACCCGCCGCUCUGCGAUAGUCCUGGAUCGUACACGGCCCAGUUCGAGCACACGUUCAUCCUCAGGCCGACGUGCAAGGAGGUUCUGUCGCGUGGUGAUGGACUACUAAAAAAACACUGAGAAUCGGCCUAGAGAAUAAAUAGAUCUACUCUCUUCCACCAGCUAUAUAGCGAUGUU